UUAUUAAGUGCUUACGUUUCUAAGCUGAGUCAGAAAAAUCUCUAACAGUUACUCCACUCUUUCUUCUUUAGAACUCGGAGAAAGAGAGGGACAUUUUGAUUUUGUCAAACGUCUCGCUAUCAUCUUUGAACCGCCCACCACUGCAAUCUACAAUUUUCAAUUCUUGAUUGCUUUCACAUCAGGAGAACCUUACUUCCAUUUCUUUAUUCUUUUUUCUUUUUUUUUCCCUUUCUUGGAAUUAAACAAAUUUUCCAGAAUUCACUACCUAUACCUCAUUUGCAGCCAAAGAUUCACCUGAGUUGUAUUAACUAUAGAUCAACUAGCUCCACUCUCUGCAUUAAUGAAGGUAAUUGGCCCUUCACCCUUUCAGUGGUCCUGGCUUUUAGAGUACUGACUGUGGACUAUAAGUUCUCUGGACUACAAAACAAAUGACCACAACUCCAGAGACCAUGCGCUUAGCUUAGUAUCUUUAUUUCCACAGAACUGCUUUACUUUCCAACAACAACAACAACAAACCCAAUAGUUUCCCACAAGUGGGGUCUGGGAAGGAUAAGAUGUACGCAGCCUUACCCCUACCAUAGGAGGCAACUGCUUUACUUUCCACGAAGAUAAAAGUAGGGCAUAUGGUUUAAUUUUGGGUAUAUAGGUGUAACUUUGAAUUAAUGUCUCUGUCUUAAUGUUGGACACAAACCCUUUAAAUUUUUUCAAAUUAGUUAGGUUUAGUGGUUUAUUAUCUGAAUAUUUUAUGGAACUGCACAGGUUGGACUCUAGAACGUUGUAAAACUUUUUCAAAAUAAUAUUAGGUCUGAUGGUUUAUUAUCUCAUACUACUUGAAGUGUCUCAUCCACCUGGACAGGAAGACAAGUCCAAGAUUCAGAUAAGUAUAGGAGCUAUAAUGUGGCCUGCACUUUACCAUAAUUAAAAAUCAUGAGGAAACACAAUACUUCAUUGAGGAAUUCAGGUACGUAUACUAGUCCAUCAACACCAGAAUAUGGAGAUAACCAUUUCGAAGGAUUUCAGAAAGGCUGGAGUUCCGAGCGAGUACCAGUGCCAAACAACAGCAGCAGGAGGCAUAUUAGUGCUACUGCAUUGAUGCCAUUCAAUAGUGGAAGGGCAUUGCCUUCAAAAUGGGAUGACGCAGAAAGGUGGAUUACUAGUCCAGUAUCAGGUCACGGUAUUCCCAAAACUUCAACCGUGCAAUCCCCGAGGCAGCCUAAGUCAAAGAGUGGACCUCUGGGGUCUCACUUUUCACCCUCUGUCCCAGUCCAAGAAGGUGGAAGUACAAGUAAUUUUAUAGCAAAUUCACCAUUUACAACAGGUGUACUGGUGCCUGAUGGUUUAUCCAUUCAUUAUGGUCCGGGCACUAGUGCAAGAUCUAGUGCUUUAUAUGGUGAGAAUGGCAUGGCUCGAGCAAGCACUGCUCCUGGUCUAUCAGACUUUUUUACUGAAUCUUCUUUACCAAGCUCCGAAGAUGAUAAACAUGAUGGCACCAACGAAACAGAUGCUAUUUCCUGUGUAGUUUCACGUAGAGACAUGGCAACGCAAAUGAGCCCGGAUGGAAGUACACAUUCCUCUCCCAGAAGAAGAUCGCCUUCAAUCCUUUCCGUAGAGGAACCAAAUAAUCAGCAUUCUGCUAAAAUUGAGAUUAGAGAUGUACAGGUAGACAAAGGAACCCCCAUAUCCGGACAAUCUCAGGAAAACGGGGUAAGGAGAACGAGGAAAGACUUAAAAGAUGCGAGUGACUCAAAUUCGCGGUGGGAUGUUACGGAUGCAGCAAGGAGCAUGUCAAAGCAGCAAAGAGAGGAAGCCAGGAUUACAGCUUGGGAGAACUUGCAGAAGGCUAAAGCUGAAGCAGCAAUCCAGAAGCUUGAGAUGAAACUAGCAAAGAGGAGGUCAGCAUCUAUGGAUAAGAUUAUGAACAAGCUUAGACUUUCUCAGUUGAAGGCUCAAACGAUGAGACGUGCAAUAACAGAAGGUCGUCGAAGAACUUCAAAAAAACUCUUCCCUUUUCAGAAGUAUUUCAAGAUUGGCUCUUUCAGCAGUUGCUUUUACUGCAGUGUCCAUUAGUUGGACGAUAUCGUUUCUUUUAUAUUGCUUACAGAAAGCAGAGCGCGAUUUAUAUAUGGUUCUCGUCAAAGCUUGGAGGAUAUUUCAUUCUUGGUGAUCAAAGGAGUUAAAGAUGUCAUAUGUCAUAGAAUUCAGUUUUGACCAACAUGUUGCUAUAUAUUCAAAGAGAAACACCUGUCUUUGUGGAAUUUUGUAAAACUAUUUUUGUAAAUGGUUAUAAAACAGAUAGCAAUGAGGAACUGAAUACAUAUCCAGAAAGGUCAAAUUGGAGAGGUAUUGUACCAAUA